GCAGGUUUGGCAAAUACAAAUAUGAAAUUAUCCGUUUUGUUUAUCGUGAUGCAGUUGCUGGUGCUGCUGGCUGCACAGGCGGUUGACCUUUCGCCGCAGCAGCUGGAGGAGGAGGCAGAUGUGGCGGGCAGCUUGAAGGAGCUGCAGGAAGAGCUGGCGCAUCCAUGGGGCAGUCCGUGCAUCCGCGGAUGCCUCGCGGAGAGGGGCAGCCUGGUGGGGGAUCCACUGGGCGAAUGUCAGCAGGUCGAGCAGCAGUUCGACUGCACACUGUACUGCAUGUUUGAUGCCAAGUCGCGCUAUUAA